AUGGCAAGCAGAUUAACUACACAAAAUAAGAGUAAUAAUAGUCCAUCAUUGGCUCCCUAUUUCAAUAAUUAUACACAAGGAGUAUUGAAUUCAAUAAAAUCAGUUAGUGAUUCAAACACUAAACCAGUCAAGAGUAAUCGUUAUAAGGACUAUAGUGAAUUAUCAGAGAGGUCUGGUAAUAAAAGUAAAAGUGGCCAAUAUACAGAUAGAGAUGGAUAUGAAAAAACAAGAUUGUUAUCAAGUUUAGUUCCUUUUUACACUUCUAAGGAAAUCAGAGAGUUUGGAAUCACAAUAGAUAAUAAUGCGUGGAAUCGUGCAAUUCAACACGUACAUAAGUAUGGUGCAGGUAGACUGAUUAAUGCAGAAGAGAUCAGCAAUUGGAGAUCUAAAUUUACACACAAUGGACAAAUGACAAGAAGACAAAGAACCACGAUGCUAAGGACAGCGGUCGAAGGUUACUUCAAUAUGAAAGAUAUAACUGAAGAAUCAAGUAAAAACAUGAGGUUGUACAGCAAAGAACUCGACGCAGAUGGUAAACGAGCAUUCGAGUUGGUGCCAAUCAAGAACCUUGCUUUAGGAAACAUAAAUACCUGCUUUACAGAUUACCUCAAGAAGAGUGAAGUUGAUCAAGUCAAGUAUCCACUCAUGGGUAGAAGUGCAUUUUACAGUUUCGUACCAGAGUAUGUCAGAGAAAUGAAGAAUCGAACCGACAUGUGUCCAAUGUGUGUUCAGUAUCAGGCUCUCGAGUCAAAACGAAUUAAGUUUGGGCAACUUUCAGAUCAAGAUCAUAAACUGUUUGAAAUCUUGACUAUUCACAAGAUGUUUGUUCAGCAAAGAAAGAAUGAUUAUUUGACAUGUAAAAAUGAGUUAAAGGCAGGAGAGUGUAUUAUUCUCUGUGAUUUUAAAGAGAAUAUAUCAUUAGGUAAAUCCAAAGUGCAAGUAAGCCAUGAAUUUUACCAACAACCUGCUCGUACCUUCUUUGGAAUGGUCCUCUUCUAUAAGCAAGGUGACAAGCUGAAGACUCACUACUAUGACUGUCUUUCACAAGUACUUAAUCACUGUUCGACAUUUGCAAUUUCAUGUCUCGACAAAUUAAUCAAUGAUCCAUUAUUCACCAGUCUAAAUAUCAACAAAAUUACAUUUUGGUGUGAUAAUGCUAGACACUUCAAGUCAAAUGAAAUACUUUCAUAUAUGCAUACAUUGUCAAAGUUGCAAGUAGCUGAUCCAAACACUCCAAACAAAACCAAAAGAAAGUAUCUCGUCGAAUUGAAUACUUUUGCACCCUAUCACGGAAAGAGUGAAUGCGAUCAACAUUUUUCAAUGGUUUCUAGAGCGAUAGCAGACAAGUCGAGUUUCAAAGAUUCAAUCUAUACAGAUCAAGAUGUUAUCAAUGCAAUCAAGAGUACCACUGACAACAACAACUAUCAAAGAACAUACAAAUUGACCUCUGAAUCAGAGAAGGAAGCUGUUACCAUCAAAGUAACAGUCGAAAUUCAUAACCCAAAGGAAUUGAAACAGAAAGAAAUAAAGAUCUUUCCUGGUUUUACAGAGUAUCAUCGUUUCCAGUUUUUAGAUAAUAGAUCAAUGCGUGCCAAUAAACAUUACAUUAAAUUCAUGGGUGGAAAUGAAGUUGACAAAAUGACUAUCUACAAAUAUUCUGCUAUGAAAAGUCAAGUUGGUAAAGAGACUACAAUUUCCAGAGGCUACGAAUCGACCACCAAGGAGGAGGCACAGUCUUGGAAACCAGCUCGAGAUAAGGCACAUACCACCUAUCUAAACACCAUGAUAGAAAUGAAUGAGAUUGCCAAGAAUGUAGACGAAUCAAAUAAGGAAAAGGCAAAAGAGAUGAGCGAUAUUAUAAAUACUUAUGCCAAUGUAACAUCUAAAUUAGCUCCACAACCCACACCUUCAAGAACACAACAAAUUGUUUCGUCACCUCAGUCACCAUCUCAACCAACACUUUCAAAUUCACAAGCUGCUUCUACUUCAUCUCAAUCUUCACCAAAACCAGCUACCACAACUACACCAGACCAAACACUCUCUGGUACAAACAAAAGAAGAAGAGGCUACAGAGGAACAAAGAAAACAAAACAGACUAAUUCACAAAAUAAUACACAGAAUAAUACACAAGAUAAUAUACAAAAUAGUACACAAAAUAAUAAACAAAUUAAUACACAGAAUAAUACACAGAAUAAUACACAUAAUACACAUAAUAAUACACAUAAUAAUACACAAAAUACCCAAAGUAAACCAUUGUUUGAUAUCGAAUCGAUUGAUUUUGGUGACGAUGAUCAUGAUAUCGGAUCGAGCUUGAUUUAUAGUGGUAAAAGAAAAGAAAGAGAGGAUGAUUGUGACAAUAAUAGUCAACAUAAAAAAAUAAAUAACCAAAUAAAUAACCAAAUAAAUAACAAUAACAAUAAUAAUAAUAACAAUUCAACAAAAAAAAGAAUAAGAGAAGAAGAUAAUAAUCAAGAAUCAAUGGACAAUCAAAAACAUCACAAAUCAACUCAUGUAAAUAGUCAAACACCAAUCCAAUCCCCAUCCCAAACACCAAUUCAAACACCAUCCCAAACACCAAUCCAAACACCAAUUCCAACACAAUCCCAAACACCAAUCCAAACUCCAUCUCAAUCACCAAUCCAAACUCCAACCCAAACACCACUCCAUACUCCUAUUCAACACAACACUACAGUUCAAUCAACGGAACAAUCAAAACCAGCAAAAGAAAUUGUCGUAAUCUUUGAAAUCGAUAACAAUUACAACUCGCAGAUUCAAGAUUAUAGACAACAACAAAUCAACUAUUUACAACAACUUUCACAAAUACUGCAACAACAAUCUCCACCACAGUCAGAAGCAGCAGCAUCAAAUGAUGUAGAAAUGACAUCACAUGAAGAUCCUAUCAUGGAACAAGUUGAGGAAACUGACGAUGCAAUGGAGAUCGAUCGAUUCUGUAUUCCAUAUGAAAAGAUCAAGGACCAGUUGAAUACCGCAGAAGAAGACGAAAACAUGAACAAUGCCGGUGACUUCUUAUCCAAUUGGCCAUCUCUACGAGAACUUAUUAUAAGAAUUCCAUGCCUCACAGCCAUAGCGGACUAUGGACAGCUCUUCUCCACUCUACUUAUUAAGAACCCAUUAUCAAACCUGGUCAAUUCAUACAAAGAAUGUGAUCUUUCUAGAUUUUAUUUGUGGUCAAGUUAUUAUAUCGACUCAGCUACAAUCUUUAAAAAUAAAAUUGAAGAUUGGCAAAGUGAAAGAUACCAGCUUAUAUCCACUAUUCAAGGAAUCGAUAGAAAUUCAAGAUCACAUAUCAUCUUUGAGAAAUUGAUUGAAUCUUUCAUAACAUUGAUAAAUAUGUCUGUCCCUGUAUUCUUUGAUCUCUCGGAUGCAAAGAACAUAUCAUUGAUUGAUAACAAUAUACCAAAAAAUCUGUUGGCUCACUGUGUUCCAAUGCCACUGCUGUAUCAAUUUCCAUACCAAGAGCUCUCUAGGUAUUUGAUCUUGAUAUACCUAGGUGAGGUCUUCUCAAUGAUGAUACUAGUAAUUGAUCUACUUGGAGGUGGUUGUGCGCUCUUUGGAGCUGCCACAACUAGCACGGGGUUUACUGCAGAUGAAGCAUCCUCGCUCCUUGUUUCAAUAAAUAUUGUUUUUGAAAGUCCAAAGUAA